CACGAAAAGAGCAGCUGUCUGCAACUAAACAUUUCUGUGCUAAUCCGGCUUGCCAUUGUCGCCUCACACGCUCGUUUCUGAGACAACUAUGAUGCAGCUUUGGUAUUGCUCGCCAUAACAGCCCCGAAGAACCUGCACGGCGGAGGGUCUCACACUCUGCUGUGAGACGAGGCAAUGACCUCUCUUGUGAACGCUGGGUUCCUUGUCCAAGUUUGCUUCCUAGUUUCAUCCCUAUGUUUGGUGACGUCUUUGCAAAAAAGCUCGCUUACAGACCAGCCACGGCUCUCAUCGACUCUCGUACUUAUUCUCACUGGAUGCUUUACACUCCUGGCUUCUCUGGUUUCACGGUGGCUACCGUGGCACGGCAACAAACAUGAUUCAACUUCUGGACAUGGAGAGCAGGCCCUCUCUUUGUUCGUGCGGCAUCGCAAAUCUGUCCUGGCAAUAACCCUUCUUGUUGCCCUCCGUGUUGAAAUAUUCCAACGCGUCAUGGACGAGGUGCAGUGCAGCGGCAAGGGGAUCGAGGCAUUCCUUCCAAUGCUGCUGGCAGCGCACGAAUUCGUCGUUCAGCAUCCACCACCGCGCGCGGUCUCUGAUGAUCCCCCAGAGAUGUGGGGUUCCUUCUGGGAAGACGUCGUGACAUGGUUCAAAGAGUCACCCAUCAGCCUUCUCGCCAGUUCGAUCAUGAUCUCCCUUGGCGUGCUCCUAAGCAUGGAUCUCCUGCAGAGCUCGACCUACUUUUGCUCGACGAUCAUCGACAGUCAGCGGUCUGUCUUGCUUAUGCAAUUCGUGGGCGUUGUCACAGAUGCUGGCAUGAUCCUCAUGACUAGGGCACUGCUACUCAAUCUCGGUGAUACGACACCCAGGUUGCGUGCUCUGGGGCUUCUAUUGCUCAACGCCUCCGCACUCAUAGCUUUCUUCCAUCUGGUGGCACGAUCCUCUGGUCAGGCUGAGCCUGUUGACCUUGGAAGUUAUCGUGACUUAGCAAAGAUUUAUGCAACCGACCUUGUCAGCAUAAGCGCUGUAGCCGCUGCAGUGUUAAUCUCGCUAAUGUUGUGGACGAUUCAGGCUGGGCCCAUUGUUCCUGUAGGAUUGGCGACAUAUCUUUGUGGCCUCAUCCUCAGCGUGCAAUAUACGCUGUAUAUUGGUUCCUUCGAGCAGAUCUCACCAGACCAGCCGUUGGUCGUGAUGGUUCUGCUGUUUAUUGGCGUCACAGUAUUCCUCAACACAACAACUCAGCGGCGUGCGGCGCGGAUACGGCGCUUCUUCGUCGUAGUUGUCCUCUUUGGCGUGCUGCUUUUCUCCAUCACGUUCAGCCUGCUGGGGAGAUAUCCGUUCGGUAGGCACAGGGUGGCUGAGCUGGUCUACUCCAAACGGGUCGAGACAGAUCGCUGGCUGCGGCAUGCAACGGCCAGCGACUCUCUCAAGAGCGCCGUGAUCGAGUACAGAGAGCGCCACCACGGCCGCAGUCCGCCGCCAAAUUUCGACAAGUGGUAUGAAUAUGCCAUGGAGCACAAAUCGGCCGUCAUGGACAUGUAUAAUCAGAUCGGAAAGGACAUCAUGCCAUUUUGGGGCAUGCAUCCGCGCCAGAUCCGGGAGGGUGUUGACAUCCUGCGACGUCUUCCCGAUGUUGGUGUGGUGACCAUCAAACAGGGCAUUGCCUCGCACGUGGCUAACAGCGCGUCUACUCAGCAGAAGGAGUGGCUGGACGACAUGGUCGACCUGAUCUCGCCGUUCGCAGAGCAUUUGCCGGACAUGUCUCUUGCGUUCAAUCUUGGGAGGAGACCUAAGGUUCUGUCGCCGUGGGAGGACAUCCACUUGUUGACCGAGGCUGGCCAGCGCCAGGGGAAGCUAGUCUUGGAUCGCCCCCAACGACCACAGCAACUACCUGCUUUGUUCUCUGGAUAUACCGACGCCGUGGCCAAGGCAUCGGGCAAUGCCCAACACUACCUCUCUGUCAAGACGUUUCGUCAGCUGCAGGCUCUCGCGUGCCCGCCAGGAUCACCAACUCGGCGCGGUCUCGACGAAGGCGCACGAGACUUCUGCAGCAGCUGCGCGCAUCCACACUCGAUUGGCCAAUUUCUGAACAACUGGGAAAAGGCCCUUGACCACUGCCACCAGCCCGACGUUUUCAAUCUGCACGAGUUCUACACGCUCCCGCACCAGUCCGACCUGUUCCAGGAUCUACUGCCCUUGUUCAGCACCUCCAAGACGGACAGCUUUAACGACAUUCUCGUCCCGCACCCCAGUGACGCGAAGCGGACACCUUCGUGGGCGGAAGGGGCAAAGACGAGCCGGCCUUUCGACAAGGGCGUUGAUAUAGUCUCUUGGCAAGGCAAUGUCAGCGAUGCGCAUCUACUGACGCCGAAGUCGCACCACGGUAGCCACCGCAACAGGCUCGUGCAUCUGCUGCGCAACGCCAGCAGCACGGACAAAGUCGCUCUUCUUGUGGGCUGGAAGUCAGGCGACGAGGAGAACGCGCCGAGAUUCUUUCACCACGAGAAAGUGCCGACCAAGAAUGCGAAUGGCGUCCUGCCGUUCGCCGUCGACUUUACGAACAAAGAUGGCUGCACCACCGAGGUAUGCCGGCUUCUCGAAGCCGAGCUCGGCGGCAGCACGAACGGGGCAGAAGCCGCAGCACAGCAGCAGCAAGACGAUAACAAGGACGACGGCGCGUGGGACAAUGACAAUCACCGAUACAAAAUCAUUCUCGACACGCAAGACGGACCGUUCCCAUCGACACGGUCUACCCCGAAAUCACCGUCAUUCCUGCACGCCCUGUACUCCCCGGCCCAGCUGCCCAUCCUAUCCUCCAUCUUCUGCGAGUGGUACACGGAGCGCCUCACACCCUGGGCGCACUUCAUACCGCUAGACCUCCGCUACCACGCGCUCCACAGCACAGUGGCGUACUUUGUCGGGCUGACCGGCCGGGGGCCGCUCAACGGCCGGACGCGCAGCGCUGGGGACAUGGACGCGCAGACCCAGGACGCGAAGUGGAUCGCCGAGGAAGGCAGCCGCUGGGCUCGCAAGGCGCUCAGGCGCUCAGACAUGGAGAUUUACAUGUUUCGGCUGCUGCUGGAAUGGGGCAGGGUCAUCAGCGACGAUAGGGUCUCUCUGAUGUACCAGAUGCCUGCGGCGGCUUGAAACAGAAUAGUUGUAACGGUUCUGAGUGGUGCAUAGUCAUGUAUGUAGUGCGGCGUGGGUGAACCAGGCAGGAUAUUGGCUUGGGUGGCAUCUACACGUAUCUAGCGCCUGGCAGCUUGUAUGAAUACGAA